AUGCAAUCACAUCGUCCCAAUCCUCAAGAAAUGGAUGCCAAAAUGGAGUGGAAGAAAGAAGUGAAGGAAAAGCAACAAGUUUGGGUAACUGAUGAACAAGUAACAGAAGAAGACGAUGGUGAUGAUGAUUUAGACGAGAGUCAGAAGCAUCAACCUCCCAACAUAUCACCCAUGUUUCCCUGUCAGAAGGAAGCUUACGGCGGUGGUUUCUACGGCAAAGACGAUGAUGACGCCCGCCUGACCACCAAGAAAAAAGACAAGGGCAGAAAGCCAGCUGCAAGUGAAACCCAGAGUGCUGAUGGGCCGGUUGAAGCUACUAUUACGCAGCCCAAACACAAGCCUCCGCCCUCCUCCGGCGACCGUGACAUCGACAUCACUGGCCAGUCUUACAUUCAGUAG